AUGGUUAUGUUUGAUGUCAGCGGAAACAUCUUGUCAGGUUCAAUACCUGAAUAUUUUAACAGCACUUGUGCUCCAGUUUAUCCCUUGAAAGAUUUUUCUUUCAAAGAUGAUGAUCCGUCCUCGCCCUAUGUAGCAUUUUUUGCAUCGAAAACCCAAGUUGGAAACCCGUUGCAACUGUAUGGAGAAGAUGAUGGUCUUACAGUACUGCACAACUUUGGGCACAAUAAUUUUACUGGCACUUUGCCGUCACUGCCUAUUGCACAUGAAAGAUUAGGGAAGCAAACUCUUUAUGCAUUCCUUGUUGGAGAAAACAAGCUUACUGGAACAUUUCCAGGUAGUUUGUUUGGGAAGUGUGAGGGAUUGGAUUCAUUGGUUGUUAAUGUGAGUAACAACAAGCUAUAUGGUCAGAUUCCUGCUGAAGUUGGCACAAUGUGCAAAUCUCUUAAAUUUUUAGAUGCAUCUCGGAAUCAGAUUAUUGGUCCCAUUCCCCCUACUUUUGGGAAAUUAGUGUCCCUUGUUGCCCUUAACUUGAGUUGGAACAUGUUGCAGGGUCAGAUCCCCACCAGUCUUGGCCAGAUAAGGGAUCUGAGGUAUCUGUCCUUAUCUGGUAAUAACCUUACAGGUACCAUUCCAUCUAGUUUGGGGCAGCUUCACUCUUUAGAAGUGCUGGAGCUUUCUUCAAAUUAUCUCACCGGUGAGAUACCAAAGGAUCUUGUGAACUUGGGAAAUCUGACCGUUCUUCUGCUGGACAAAAAUAAUCUUUCUGGUCAGAUUCCAUCUGGUUUGGCAAAUGUGACUGCACUCUCUUCUUUCAAUGUGUCUUUCAAUAACUUUUCCGGUUCAUUGCCUUCAAAUAAUAACCUGAUGAAAUGCAAUGCUGCUAUUGGAAACCCAUAUAUACAUUCUUGCCCCAUGUUUUCUCUGACACAACCAUCUUCAGAUUCUCAAGGAAGAGAUGGUGAUUCACAACCUUAUGCUGCUUCACCAGUGGGAGUUCCAGCUUCAAGGAGUGGGAAUUUCAAUUCAAUUGAGAUAGCUUCCAUUACAUCUGCAUCAGCCAUAGUUUCAGUGCUUCUUGCUCUGGUUGUUCUGUUCUUGUAUACACGAAAGUGGAAUGCAAAGUCUGGAGCUCUAGGGUCUACCAGGAAGGAAGUUACAGUUUUCACAAACAUUGGGGUUCCAUUGACCUUUGAGAGUGUUGUGCGAGCCACGGGCAGUUUCAAUGCUAGCAACUGCAUUGGGAAUGGAGGUUUUGGGGCAACUUACAAGGCAGAGAUAUCUCCUGGAAUCCUGGUGGCAAUAAAACGACUUUCAGUUGGAAGGUUUCAAGGAGUUCAACAAUUUCAUGCAGAAAUUAAGACUCUUGGAAGGCUUCGCCAUCCAAAUCUUGUCACUUUGCUUGGUUAUCAUGCCAGUGAUACAGAGAUGUUCCUAAUAUAUAAUUAUUUGGCGGGUGGUAAUCUGGAAAAAUUUAUUAAGGAAAGGUCUACAAGGGCUGUGGAUUGGAGGAUACUUCACAAGAUUGCUUUGGACAUAGCUCGUGCACUUGCCUACCUACAUGAUCAGUGUGUACCACGUGUCCUUCAUCGCGAUGUCAAGCCCAGUAAUAUUUUGUUGGAUGAUGAUUUCAAUGCUUAUCUCUCUGACUUUGGUUUGGCCAGACUUCUUGGAACUUCAGAAACCCAUGCUACUACUGGUGUAGCUGGAACUUUUGGAUAUGUUGCCCCAGAAUAUGCGAUGACUUGCCGUGUUUCAGACAAGGCUGAUGUGUAUAGUUAUGGUGUUGUGCUUCUGGAGUUGCUCUCUGACAAGAAAGCUCUGGAUCCCUCAUUUUCUUCAUAUGGAAAUGGAUUCAACAUUGUUCAGUGGUCAUGCAUGCUUCUUCGACAAGGCCGUGCAAAGGAAUUCUUUACUGCUGGGCUAUGGGAUGCAGGUCCCCAUGAUGAUUUGGUAGAAGUUUUACACUUGGCGGUUGUGUGUACGGUUGACUCUCUCUCGACCAGGCCUACAAUGAGGCAAGUUGUACGAAGACUUAAGCAGCUUCAGCCUCCAUCUUGUUAG